CUGGCGGUCGAUCCCUUGACCGGGUCAUGUUCCCUCUCGGACUCGGGAGUUUCUAGAUGCUAGAGGCCCUCUCUCUCUCUCGCCUUCUCUGUCUCUCUCUCUCUCUCUCUCCAAUCUCCUCGCGGUGGGGAGUUAUCUUGUUUCGCUGACCGUAAUGUUUUUCUUUCCUCUCUCCCUUGUUCACAUACGAAGGACCAGGUGCCGGACCGGGGAGGUGGGAAGGGGCCCCGGCAAACCUUGUCGGGCCACGAGUGAUCGGCGAGGGAGGAGGGCGGGCCGUGCAAUUUCAGAGACAUCUUAGGGGAGGCGUUGUCUCACGCUUUGCUUAUUCAAUCGCCCUCUCUUUUGGUUCCGUCUGUUUUAAUUCCGAACUUGGUUCUCGGGUAGGAUACGGCAGGAGGCCUGAUGAUGGGUAGGACGAGAGAACGGGUCAGACUCCGUGGCCCCAUAGCUGGUCACAAAGUACGUAUGUAUGCAUAGAAGAGCGUAUGGACGAAGUUGCCUCUUGGUUUGGCCCGACCCGCAUGGAAGCUUCAGCAGAAACAACGAGAAAUAAAUAUCUUCGUCUACGGCAGCGUUAAAGAGGCAGAUUGCCGUGUUCCGACCCCGAGAAUCGGCAACGGCGCCGUUGUAUACUACAAAUAUAACAAUAACAGUUGCCUUGUAAGCUGAACCGCAGAGCACCCUCUAUGUACUAUGGUCUGGUCGACGUGACGAUAUCACCUUUUCUCUUCUUCAAUUUAAAGGAAUCCCAGAAAGCAAGCCACGGAUAACAUAAGCGAAAUGGUUUCUAAAUCCUCAUCAAGAUUUUUACGAAGGAUGCAGCCCUUCCGAACUUCCCAUUGGACCGUUUCUUCACGACGCCGGGCACUGGAAUGCUGACUGGCGCUUCUCUUCUCGUGCACCGCUCGCUGUUCGCCGAGAGGGGAAAUAAGGCUAGGCAGACAAUGUAAACAAGACAGUUCCUUCAUCACUUGUAAUUGAUUCUCAUGCGAUGUGGUAUGAGGCCUCGACAUCAUCCAGCUUUAAACCAGGUCUUUGCCAUUUGCACCAGCAUCCCAUCUCCAUCGUAGACAACAGACGCCGACUGCUACAAUGACACCGCCGGCCCCGAGAAUAGUGGGUAUCUGCGGCGCCGCCAUCGCCGGUCCGACGCUCGCACUGCACCUCCUGUCCCACCCGGUCCUCCGCACCCUCUUUCGUCCGAUCCUCUUCGAUCAGUCUCCGGCCCCGGGCCCGGCCACCACCGACGAGAGCUCGCCCAGACACCACCAACGUGCCGGCGCCUCGGUGGCGCUCCUCCCGAACGGCAUCCACCCCCUCCUGGCCCUCGGUCUCGGCGACACCAUCCGCACGCACGGCCACGAAUGCGACGACCUGUCCCUCUGGUCCGGCCCCUCGUCCCUGGUCCGGAGCCCGGACGCCCCGCUCACGCACCUCAAGACCAUGACCAACGGCUUCUGGUCCCACGAGAUGCGCAUGGGCGCCGUGUACUUUGAGCGCGCCGCCCUGCAGGCCCUUCUCGUCGACCGCGUGCGUGAGCUGGGCGGCGACGUGAGGUGGGCCAAGAAGGCCGUCCGCUUCGAUCCCGCUGUCGCAUUGGGAGAGUCCCAUGACGACGACGACGCCGCCGCCGCCUGCCGCACUCGCGUGGGCUUCGCCGACGGCACCCACCUCGACGUCGACCUCCUCGUCGGUGCCGACGGCGGCUACUCCGCCGUCCGCCGCCACAUCCUCACCCUCCGCGACCCGCAGACCGCCGCACGCCGCUGGCUACCCGACCACAUGGGCAUGACCGGCAUCUACGGCAUCUCCUCCGCAGACAAGAUGCCCGCCUCUCACACCCCCGAACGCCCGUUCUCCGAGUCACAUUCGGUGUGGCUGCCGCGGGGGUUCUUGGCCACGGGGCCCUGUCCGGGGAGCAUGUUCCGCUGGGACUUGAUCCUCCCCGAAGAAACGGCCCCGGAGACCCGAGCGGACCCGGCUAACGAGGAAACCCAAGCCCACCACGCCAAAGACGGAGACGGGAACCGGGACGGGGACGGGGACGAGGAACCGUGGCACGACGCCAUCGCGGCAGGCCAGUACCCCAGAUCCGCCACCGUCGCCAUCCUCCGCGCCCACCUGCGCCUCCGCCACCCCUUCGCCGGCGACUUCGCGACGAUGCUGGCCUCGGCGGACCGCAUCGUCCACACGCCCCUCCGCCAGCGCGUCUGGCGACGGGACGAGAUCCAGUGGGCCGCCCCCGACACACGCGGGACCGGGCCCGUCGUCCUCAUCGGCGACGCCGCGCGGCUGAUGCUCCCCACCAGCGGCCAGGGGACGGGCUUCGCCAUCGAGGACGCCACGGUCCUCGCCGCCGCGCUCCUGAGGCACUGCGGCCCCAGCGCCGUUGGGCGGGGCCGUGGCGUUCUCCGAGCCGCCGUUGAGGAGUACGCCGGACUCCGAGUGCCCCGGUCGGAGAAGAUGGCCGUCGUGGCGUCCUGGGCCGGCUCCGUCGGCGUCGGUUCUACAUGGUAUUACAGGAUGAUGCGGUAUCUCGCCGCGAAACUGGCGUCUGGGGCCGACUUGAAGGCCAAGAAAGCCAAAGACCCGUGGCCGAUGGAUGGUCGCUUCAACGUGGAAGAGACGACGUAAGUUUCUAUCAAAGUCCAUGAUGUUUCCGCUGGGAAUGCCGCAGCGUGUAUGUACACGAAUUUGAUGUGCUAGCAAACACAAUCGACACCUCAAUAUCGCUA